AUGGCUCAUCGAAUUAGUGACAAUGCAAUAGCAUCUGCCCUUGUGGAAGAAAGUGACGACGAAUUGGAUGAGCUCUUUUUACCUGGAAGCGAAGAUGAAUCGGAUCAUUUGAGUGUGCAGUCUGAAUGUGAAAGUGAAGUAGAAGAAGAAGAAAUUACUUCGGGUGCCGCACAGAAGGAGGCGACCAAGAAGACUCCAGAGGAUAUUCCGGACAAGGGCGUUCAUGGCUCCGCUACAACCCUUAAGCCAAAGGGCAUCAGUCGUCACGCCAGAUCCAUGAAAACUACGAGCUCCUCAGCCAGGAGACGUGAGCUGGAAGUCAGAGAAAAAUUAGCACGCAUGGAGCUGAAGCAAGCCCAAGCUGCGACGAAGCUAGCCCGUGUCAUAUUAGAGCUGGCACAGUGUGAAGAGGAGGACUCCGUGGAUGAAGACCAGGAAGACAGAACAGCACAGGCGCAGAACUGGAUCGAGACAUCAGUAUUGGAAGAAAACAACAUGAGAAAACACGCACAAUGA